AUGGUGGGACCACACUGGACACAGACCCUGGCUCAGGAUGAGCUGCUGGGGGACAACUUCUCCCCCUACUCGAAGAGAAAUUCCCUGGUGAACAUCCUGCCCUUCGCCAGCCCCGGCGGGUCGCGGAGCAGCAGUCGGUAUUCCAGCACGGAGACGCUGAAGGAAGAGGAGCAGUUUGGGAUGUGUUGGCCCAGUCAAGGGAGGACUCUCCAGGCGGGGUACGGGAUCUAUCGGUCGCCCAGUUUCGGGACCAGCGAUGGCCUGGCCUGGGCACAGCCGGGGGUCCGCGCCCGCCCCAAGCUGCCCCAGGGCAUGGCCAAGGCCAAACCGGACCGUGGGAGCGAGAGCCUACAGCAGCCAGGGCCGGAGGGGGAGCGGGCCGAGCACCGCAAGUCCUUGUCCAACCCCGACAUUGCCACCGAGACCCUGACACUCCUCAGCUUCCUGAAAUCAGACCUCUCAGAGCUGAAGGUGAAGAAGAAAGGGGUGAGGAUCAGCCUGGACUCGGGCUCUGACGGAUGCUCUGGCACCACCACCCCCUCCCCUGGCGGCUGCGGGGCCGCUCACCCCCCCAACCGCUGGGCACCGGGUGAGCGGCCAACGCUCAAGGACCUCACGGCCACUUUGCGCCGCGCCAAGUCCUUCACCUGCUCCGAAAAAUCCGGGACGCGGCGGCUUUUCCUCCAGAGCACCAUGAAGCAGAGCUCCUCCGAGCUCCUCCUGGCCACCACCGACAGCCAGGACAGGGUGGCUCCGGAUGGGGGGCAGCGGGGGGACGAGGAGGCUCUCCCCAUGGUCAUCCAGGAUCAGUACAUCCAGGAGGCGAGGCAGGUCUUCGAGAAGAUCAGCAGGAUGGGUUCCCAGCAGGAUUAUGGCUUUGCUGCCGAGCAGAAGGACAGCGGAGGUGUGGAGGGUGCUGAGGGGGUGGCACCGACAGGGACGACAGACACGACCCUUCGGGGACAGGUGGAGAGCGCAGGGUGUUUGAAGGAAGUGCAGUCGGAGGAGAACCUCGCCCGCAGUAAAUCCGUGGAGGAGCUGUCGGGUCACGAGUCCAGCGUGACGGACGAGGGCAUCGUCACGGAGCCGGAGCCCAUGGCGAUGCCCUUCCAGGACCUGCACCAAGCUGUGGAGGAUGUCACCAAGCGGUACAUGCUGGCCCUCAACUCAGGUGACACGUCCCCCAGCCCCGGGGAUGGACCCCGCUCUCCUCCGGCCACCCCAGCGCCCCGGCUGCCCCGCUGCCCACGGCUGCCCGAGGAACACGGCCCCAGGACCAAGCCACAGGUGGACAUGAGGAAACACGUCAUCAUGACACUGCUGGACACGGAGCAGUCCUACGUGGAGUCCCUGCGCACCUUGAUGCAGGGUUACAUGAAGCCGCUGAAGCAGCCGGAGAACUCCCUGCUCUGUGACCCCUCGCUGGUGGACGAGAUCUUCGACCAGAUCCCCGAGCUGCUGGAGCACCACGAGCAGUUCCUGGAGCAGAUCCACGACUGUGUGCAGAACUGGCACGAGAAGCAGAAAGUGGGCGACCUCCUGGUGCAGUCGUUCUCCAAGGACGUGCUGGUGAACAUCUACUCUGCCUACAUUGAUAACUUCCUCAACGCCAAGGAUGCCGUCAGGAUCGCCAAGGAAGCCCGGCCGGCGUUCAUGAAGUUCCUGGAGCAAAGCAUGAGGGAGAACAAGGAGAAGCAGGCCCUGUCCGACCUGAUGAUCAAGCCGGUGCAGAGGAUCCCGCGGUACGAGCUGCUGGUCAAGGACCUGCUGAAGCACACGCCAGAGGACCACCCCGACCACCCCUUCCUCAUCGAUGCCCAGCGCAACAUCAAGCAGGUGGCCGAGAGGAUCAACAAGGGCAUGAAGAGCGCGGAGGAGGUGGAGAGGAAUGCCCGGAUCGUGCAGGAGAUCGAGUCCCACAUCGAAGGGAUGGAGGAUCUCCAGGCUCCGCUUCGCAGGUUCCUGCGCCAGGAGAUGGUCGUGGAAGUGAAGGCGGUGGGCGGGAAGAAGGACCGCUCCUUCUUCCUCUUCUCGGACCUGCUGGUGUGCACCACAUUGAAGCGCAAGUCGGGCUCCCUCCGCCGCAGCUCCAUGAGCCUGUACACGGCGGCCAGCGUGAUCGACACCGCCAGCAAGUACAAACUGCUCUGGAAGCUGCCCCUGGAGGACGUGGACAUUGUCAAAGGUGCCUCGCAAGCCACCAACAGGGAGAGCAUCCAGAAAAGCAUCAGCCGCCUGGAUGAAGACCUCAGCACGCUGGGGCAAGUCAGCAAGCUGUCAGAGACCCUCAGCUUCCCCCACCAGAGCCUGGAUGACGUGAUCAAGGACCUGAUGGCCGCCAUCCACCGGGAGCUGUCGGAGAAGCAAUCCCUGUCCUUCAGCAUGGCCUUCCCCCCCAACAAGGUGGAGCUCAGCACCACCAAGGCCGACGGCACCGAGUCCUUCAUCUUCGAGUUCCCCAACCCCGACGCCCGGCUCGGCUUCGAACAGGCCUUCGAGGACGCCAAGAAAAAGCUGGCUUCCAGCAAAAACUGCCUGGACCCGGAGUUCCUCAAAGCCAUCCCCAUCAUGAAGACACGGAGCGGGAUGCAGUUUUCCUGCGCCUCCCCCAGCCACGGCAGCCCGGAGAGCUCCCACGAGGUGUGGGUUUGCAACAGCGACGGCUACGUGGGGCAGGUGUGCCUGCUCAGCAUCCGCAAGGAGCCCACGGUGGAGGCCUGCAUCGCCGUGUGCUCCGCCAGGAUCCUCUGCAUCGCCUCCGUGCCCGGCCUCCAGAGGGCCUGCAGCGACGACACGGACGACGAGUCCUCGCCCAGCCCCUCCGGGACGCUGCAGAGCCAGGCCAGCCACUCCACCAUCUCCUCCAGCUUCGGCAACGAAGAGAUCCCGAGCUGCAAGGAGGCAGCAGUGGAGACGACGAGCUCGGAGGAGGAGCAGGAGCCUGGUUUCAUGCCCAUCACUGGCACCUACGGGCAGGCCCGGCACGGGGAGAGCCCCACGGACGGGCGGGCCCUGCGCCGCUCCAGCCGCGGCUCCUUCACCCGCGGCAGCCUCGAGGACCUGCUCAGCCUGGACCCCGAAGCCCACCAGAGCUCCAUGUGGCUGGGCACCGAGGAUGGAUGCAUCCACGUGUACCAGUCCUCAGACAACAUCCGGAACAGGAAGAACAGCAUGAAGAUGCAACACUCUGCCGCUGUCAUGUGCAUCUUGUACCUGGAUAACCAGGUGUUUGUGUCGUUGGCCAACGGAGAGCUUGUCGUGUACCAGCGGGAGGCAGGUGAGGCCGGAUCGGGAACGUGA